CGAGGGUUGUCCAGUUCUUUUGGGGGAGGAUUCACAGCAAGAACAACAGAUCUUGUUGGGGUUAUUUUAAUCAGUUUGACGGUUAUCUGCAGAGAUUUUAGUUUAGGGUUUUCACAGAGCAACUAAAAAUGAUCCAGAUGCUUAUUUUUUUCUGUUUGAGCUGCUGUCAUCUGAUCGGUGUGUUUGGUUCUGAGACAAAUGAAACACAGUCAGUGAUGGAGGGUGAUUCUGUCACUCUACACACUGAUGUUACUGAAAUACAUGAAAAAGAUACAAUAAUGUGGAAGUUUGGAGCAGAAAAGUCUCUGAUAGCUCAAAUAAAAAGAGCCUCUGAAAUCUUCUCCACAUUCCCUGAUGGCAGAUUCAGAGACAGACUGAAUCUGGACAGACAGACUGGAUCUCUGACCAUCACAAACAUCACAACUCAACACGCUGGACUCUAUGAAGUAGAGACCAUUCUAGCAAAAAUUUCAUCAAAAACUUUCAGUGUUUCUGUCUUUGCUCUUCUUCCUGUUCCUGUCAUCAGCAGUAACUCUUCACAAUGUUCAUCCUCAUCAUCUUCAUCACAGCAGAAUUGUUCAUUGUUGUGUUCAGUGGUGAAUGUGAGUCAUGUGACUCUCUCCUGGUACAAAGGAAACAGUUUAUUGUCCAGCAUCAGUGUGUCUGAUCUCAGCAUCAGUCUCUCUCUACCUCUGGAGGUGGAAUAUCAGGAGAAAAACAGCUACAGCUGUGUGAUCAACAAUCCCAUCACAAAUCAGACCACACAUCUGGACAUCACUCAACUCUGUCACACAUGUGCAGGAUGCUCAGUCUCUCUGAUAGUGUUGAUUUCUGCUGCUGGAUCUCUGUUGUUUGUAGCUGCAGUCGUGAUGUGCUGCAUCUGCUGGACACUCAGAAAAACUGAUCAAGAAGUUCAUACCCGUGAAGACAUGAUCACUUUUGCUGUUAUGAAGUAUUAUCCAACAUCCUACGAAACAAACACACAUAUAUCGAAACAUGAAGAGGAUGUUCAUGUGGUGUAUGCUCCUGUCACUAUAAGAGAAGAUGAUCUUAAACCUCUUCUAGUAUCAGAUCCAGCUGUGUCCUCGUCUUCACCAGGAAUCUCCCGCCAAAACUUCAGAUUCAAAGUCACUGGUUGAGUUUCAGGAUUAGAGAGAAUCAACACAUAUAUCAGUAUGGUGGCUACAAAACAAAUAAAACAGAUGAUAUGAAAUUAAAACUUUGUAACAGUGUGAAAUUCAGAGAUGGACUAAAGAAAUGGUCCCUAAAAAUCUUGAAAAAAAAAUGCUUUUACUGAUGAUCUGCAUCAUGAUCAUGCUGCCCAAUUUAGUAUUGUUGUUUGACCCUUACGCUUCAAAUUUAGAGCAUAUAUGUUUAGAUAUAAAACUUAAUUUAACUAUGUACAUAUGUGGUUUGAUUCGCUGGGUGGAGAAACAUCUGUAUCAGUCUAUUACUGGAUGUUUGUGGUUGAUGUAAAUAGUGUGUGGUUAAUUUUUUUUUCUUUCUUCAUUCCUGCUCAUAUGAAAAUCAUUGUUUGACUCCUGCCCGACACAAAACAGCUUCAUCUCUGGCCUUCGUCAAAAGCAUGACAGUGCGCCGCCGGCCACAACAAAACAUGCUAACUACAAUUAAAAAAUAAAAUGUUUACUAACGUCUGUACUGUUCUAAGACAAAUGUGUUUGGCAAAAAUUUUGGCUUCAAAUGUUCAUCAACUUUAGUCAGUUGCAGUUGGUGUAAUUACACGAUCUAACAGCAGGAGCUGACUGAUCAUGUUAAAGUUAGCAUUUCAUUACACAAAGAGUACAAAUAGUGCCAUGUAGUGUUCAACAUAAGACUUACUUCUAUGAGAAUAACAUCCCUUUGACCAGGGUGAGCCAUAAACAGACCUCAGAGAGCCUCUAAAUAUAGUCUAAAGUGUUAUGAAUGUGACUCUUAAAUGACUCUUGAGCUGGCUGACUCAUUCAUACUGUGAGAUCCAUGUCAGAAAAUUCAUAACCAACCUCAGAUCCCGCCAGAUGAUAACUCAUAACAGCAAGUCAUUUCUGGUACAUAAAAACCAGCAUAUCUGGUACCCAAAACUAUAUUACCAGUCUUCUGUCAGCCAAGAAUUUGACUGAGCUGAAAGAGAAAAAAAAGUUCAAAGCCAGAGAAGAGAAAAACAAGGCACCGAACCCCCGACUGCUCUACGGGCGCAGCAUAAAUGAUGCCCACUGCUCCGAGUGUGUGUUCACUGCUGUGUGUGUGCACUUUGUAUGGGUUAAAUGCAGAGCAUAAAUUCUGAGUAUAGGUCACCAUACUUGGCUGUAAGUCACUUCACUCACAUACUUCUGUGCCAUUGUCUGCUUAGGACCAAGACAGUAGCUGUUUUAAACGCCUGUUCAAAAGUUGUCACAAUAGCUUGUUGUGUGGCUAACUGAAGCUGCGGUAGCUUGUUUUUUAUUAAAUCUAAAAUAAUUAUGUAAAAGCAACAUACAGAAUGUAAUCUGUAAAAGAAAAAAAGAAGGUUAAUUUCAGGUGGUACAGAAUGAACUUGCCACAUGUUAUUUAAAAAUGUGUCAUGCAUUGGUGAGUGGAUAAACAGCUUCAGCAUAAGCAUCUACUUCUGGACGUUUGUGGUUGAUUUCAGUCUGUGAGCGUGUGUCUGAGGUGUUAAAGAUGUGCCAAUCUCAGUAGCGUGUGGUUGAAGGGUGUUUUUUUUCCAUUCCUGCCCAUACGCUGCUCACAACUUGACGUCUUCUCUGCACAUCAUUGUGGUAAACUCAUCAGUAUUUUAUUGGUGUAUGUUGCAAAAAGUGCAUCAGGUCUGCCAACUCUCAUGCAUUCAGUGUGAGACUAGUUUCUCAUGCUCUCAUGCCACUGUCACGCCAUCCAUUUUCUAACACAAAAACACCCUAAAUUGAAAAUGUAAUUAAAUGAUACUGGCGAAUAGAUUUGGUAAAUGCUCCAUUUGUACUCUGGAGAACAUCACGAUUGUAAGUGAAAGUGACGUGA